AUGGCUUCCCCCACGGAGAGAGAACAGCCCAAUACCAACAUCUACCCUAAGUGGCAACGCAACGGCUUUGGCUGCAGUGCCAACAGCUACCAUAGAAUACUCAUCAGCCCUACCGUCCCGGCCAUCCCUCUUCCGACGGACCUCCCAUAUUAUGAUAUCCUGAAUCAGGUUGCGGGCCUCAUGCCGCCGCUUCAGACAGGUGGCGUACAGAACAACAGUGUCCAAAUGUUGGCGGCUAUGAGGGAUAACCUAAGGUCAAGCGAGAACUCAACCACGGUUGGCACGGAACACCUCCACGGGCGCGCAGCCGGGCUCAAGGUCAUAGUGGUCGGCGAUUCCAUAUCUCAGGGCCGAGAGGGAGACUUCACGUGGCGGUAUCGGAUAUGGGAGUGGUUCCAGUCUCAAGGAGUAGCAGUAGAUUUUGUUGGGCCUUAUACAGGCACAGUACAGCCUGAGAAGCCAGCACCGCCGUCCCCGCCAGCAUUAUACGGGGAACCCCAACCAACAGGCGCGAUCAAAGUCAGUGGGGGCUACGCGAAAGAAGUGUCAUCCGAUUUUCCCAAAAAUCAUUUCGCUGUUUGGGGCCGUGCUGCUGCUGUGGAUAAAGGCCUGAUAAAGGAGGUCAUGGAAGCUCAUCCAGCUGAUUUGAUGCUGCUACUACUGGGCUUCAAUGAUAUGGGGUGGUUCUACAGUGAUUCGAUGGGAACUUUGGACAGUAUUCAUACGUUGAUCAGCAACGCCCGGGCUGCAAAUCCAAAUAUUAAAUUUGCCAUUGCUAAUGUACCACAGCGGAGUUUCAUUGGUGGCCGUGAGGAUCUUCCUGUCAGCACCAAUAUAUACAACUCUCUAUUACGCGAUACUAUUCCUGAAUGGAGUACUACAGCUUCCCCAAUCCAUCUUGUGGAGCUGGAAGAGAACUACAACUGUCAACCUAGUUCAUGUCCAGUGGGUUCGGAUGGGCUCCAUCCAAAUGCGAUGGGUGAAUACCAGAUUGCUCGCGCCUUCUCGCAAACCCUAGUAAAGGAUUUCAAGAUCGGAUCAUCCGCACUGAGUAUACCCAGUGAUGUUCCUACCAGGCCCUUACCGGUGCCUAGCAAUUUCAAGGUAUUCACGAGUCCUGGUGGUGUAACCGCAACAUGGGAUCCAGUCUACGGUGCGUAUAACUACGACGUUCGAUCCAAGAUCAAGGGCGGUAUCACAAAUUUCUCCCCGGGCAGCGUAUCCUCCAAUCGAUGGGAUGCUACCUGGCCUAUAGAUGGGUGGGAAUAUGAGGUUCAGGUGCGCGCCAGUGCUGGGGACACUAUCAAGGGCGACUGGACCACUACUUUAACCGCAACGGCCCAUCCCCAGACAGCGGAAGCCCCUCAGAACGUGAUUGUUAGCGCUACUACGACUGGUUUCGACAUAUCCUGGGAUCCCCCCAAAGGUGCUUACAGUGACUCUAUCAUCGAAUAUAACGUUAUUUACUGGGACAAGGACGCCGAAUGUGAUUUUGUUACCGGAGCCGCGUUCAAAGGCACUUCGGCCCACAUAAAUGGCCUAGUUACAGGGCACCGUUACUUCGUGGCUGUUGAGACCUGGAAUGCCGCUGGAGAGGGCUUUCCAGCUGUGGUUCGAAGUGUUAUUCCUGGUGCUGGCACUCCACCACCCCCAACGGACCUGAAAAUCAUCGCAGCAGAUCCGACCACAGUCCAUCUCACGUGGGAUAGCCUCUCUGCUGCGGCUGGCUACCGGCUUUGGUCACGCAACGUAAAUGCCGCAGGUAGCAAGCUUGAGGCAUUGAAUUACACGGUGGAGGCUGCUUGCAGCGAUCAAUUCUAUCUGUUUCCCGGUACAUGGAACUAUGAGUGGUGUGUUAGCGCUUUCAAUGGAAAUGCGGAGUCUGCCAAAGGGAAAUGUGUCCUCGCACCAUCCCCGGACAAAGACGGUGGCGCAGCACCAACCUGCCCGUCUGCUCCUCAAUGGUGUCCGAAUGGUGGCGGCGUCGGAGGAGGCAGCGGCGGCGGCGGCGGCGGCGGCGGUGAUGGUGGUGGUGGUGGUGGUGGUGGUGGUGGUGGUGGCAGCAGCGGUGGCACUACGGAAGAGCCAUGGCCGUCCAUGGAUGUCUUGGAUCCGGCUGCAGAGAUGGUGUCUGUGUGGCGGACGACUGCAUCACGGCCGGCUGCGUGGGGAGUGACUGUGGAAAAGAUGGAAAGUGUACUGGCGACCAUUGUCUUGGCCUGGGCUGUUCUGGAUCCGAUUGUGGAAAGGAUGGUAUCUGCACCGGUCCGGAUUGUUGGGAAGGGACAUGUAGUGGCAGCGGAUGUGCCAACGGGAUUUGCUCCGGCAGCAAAUGUUCGAGUUAUGAUGGCUGUGUCGGCAAGGACUGCAACAACGGUACUUGCAAGGGAGACAGCUGCAGCAGCUGCUCGGGCUCGGACUGUCGUGAUGGCGACUGCACCGGCGACAAUUGCAUUGGAUGCACGGGGCCUGACUGUCAUAACGGCCAAUGUACUGGUUCGAAUUGCUAUGGUUGCACGGGUCGGGAUUGCCAUCAUGGGAACUGUAAGGGAGAGCACUGCAGCAGCUGUGUUGGAUCGGACUGUGUCAUGUCUAAUGGCAAGAGCGGUUGCAAGGGAAAGCAUUGCACCAGCUGCACAGGUCUGGGUUGUUCCUGCUUCGGAUUGGGCUGUGGCUGCAGUGGGUCGAAAUGCAGCGGCUGUACUGGUCUCGGGUGUAGCUGCACUGGGCUUUCUUGCGGCUGUACAGGUCCAACAUGCAAUAGCUGUCUGGGCAGGCGGUUGCAGUGGUGGGGGGGGAGGUGGUGGCGGCGACGACGAUGAUCCGUCGUGCAGCAUCAAGGAGACGGCCACCAUCUGCGCUGAAUAUUGUACUGUGACGACCAACGCAGCUGCUGCGACAACGACCUCGUGCACAUCGACCACUUGCAUGCCAACUGUGGGCUGCAGUGUGACUGGGACGACGACUUCGACAAUCACCUCGACAAGCAGCGCUGAUUGUCCCUUCGCGACGGAUAUUGGAACCGAUAACUGCAAACCAUGUGCCUGGGCCUUUGACACGGUUUCCGACCUAGACACGGAAGGGAACCUCAGAAUUCGAGAAGGCUUCCAACCUGUCUACGCUACUAUUACAGCGCGGGCCAUAGCCCCUCCUCAUGCUGGUCUGGUGAAGAGGGCCCCCGCGAGGACUUCUACUGCCCUUGGAGGUUGCAAUUUCAAAGCGGGGGUAUCUGUUACCAUCCCAGCCUACAAGGGUCCACAGAACUAUGUCCAGUCAGCCAUCGAUGGAGAACUUCCUGUCUCCCUCUCAAUGUCCAGAUGGUACAGCAAGACGACUGUUGACUGCGCGCCCACAACAACCAUGAUAUCCGAUGAGCAGAUACGGCCUUUCCUAGGGAAUGUCAAUCAGUCACCGACUAUCGAACAUUGCUAUGAAUUGAACUGGAUGGACGGAUUCUGGAAGUAUCUGUUUACUGAACAACACUACUCCUGCGACGAUUUCAACAAACUCAUGUUCGACGGUUGCAACAUCCUUCAGGCUGUUUAUGAUAGCCUGCCGGGAGACGAGCAUUGGGACUUUGUUGGUAUAACUCAAGAGUUAAAUUCGAUCAAGGCCCUGAUAGGGGGCGAGUACCAAGAGACCAUUGUCAGGCAAAGUGCAAAUGCCCGCAAGAGAACUAUAGUGCCCCAGAAACCGUGGACGGCUUCAGAAGCAAUAAUCAGGGAAAGAAUGGGGGUUUUAGAAAAGAUCGCUCUUGGUUGUGAUUUAUGGACUUCAAGCGCCAUCUUCGGUCCACUUGAUUCAACAAAUUAUCGGAUAUACUCCGCCUUGAAAGAUAUUGAUGCUGGUCUAGCGGCCACAUAUCGAUUUUGGAUGACAAAUAUCAGGAUUCCCCAGCAGAUGGCGGCAGGCAGCGAACAAGCUGCACUUUUGAUCACAUCCAUUGAGACAGGACUUAACACCGCGACUGGUAAGGCAAUGGAAACAGAAGAUGGCGCAAAACGUUUGAGUGAAUACCGCAAGGCAUUACAAGCUAUACGUGAGAGAUACCAUCUUGACGGCACAGGGAACGUGUGCAACAAGCCUAUCAAUUUGAAUUGGAAUGGGGCUACUACAGAUGGCGCCCCGAUUGCCCGCCGAGAUUCAUGUCCACUCCCAAUCACGACCAAAAAUCCUACCAGCCCUACUGGCACUCCUACCAGCCCUACUGGCACAUCUACUGCUCCAACAAAGACUACCACAUCUUUAUCUAUUCCAACAACGACCAAAUCCACUGAUCCAAUUUACUGCUUCAAUGAACACAACGAUGACUCCUAUGUACCAUUCGAAAUCGCUGGGGCACAGGCAGCGAUAGAAGCACUUUGCAAUAACGGCAACUCACUAAUGCCUGGGGGACCUCCAUACACGUAUGUAUACAGUGAUCCCUAUGGAAUUAACGUGAUUGCAUCUGUUCAAUGGGCCCCGGAUCAGUCUGGCUGCAAGCCAGAGAAGGAAGUCGAGAUGAAAACCCACUGUGAAUCUUAUAUGGAGCAUGCAUUGUCCGAAUGUAGAAGUCCUACCGAGGGCUACGGUGGUGCUUUUAUUGAAAACCAAGGACUUGGUUGCAUUCAGUGGAUGCUCUACGCGCGGAAGGGCAAAGGGCAGUGCAGCUGCAACGAAAGUGGGUGUACACCCGAUAGCCCUGCAUGCUGCGCUAAUGGCUCCUGUGGUAUGAGUAAUGCGUUGAUGUCGGCGAGGAUGAAGUUGAUCUCGCUGGAUGAGGUGGAUCCUGCGCUGAGCCUAAGCCUGAACACGAAAAGUAUUAUGGACGAUUGA